CCAGACGGACAGUCAGAGCGGAGAGAGCGAGCGGAGAGAGCGAGCGGAGAGAGCGAGCAGCGAGCGAGAGAGAAGAGAGUGGAGAGAUCGCACGAAGCGGCAAGCAGUAGCGGCAGCAGUGAUCUCAGCGCAGUAGCUGCGGCCGUAGCAGCAGCAGCAGCAGUGAGAACCAGUAGCGGGCAUUAGUUGAGUGUGGACGCGAACACAGCGGCGUGGGUUCGGCCGGCCACUUGGAGGCGGCUUCCCCUUUCAGCGCCGCGGCGACCUCAAGACCGCGCACGGCCCCGCCACCCCCGCCCCCCCACGCCCGGGCCCCUCCCCCCGCGCAUCACGCCGAGAAAAGCGCGUCCCCUCCUCCUCCUCCUCCCUGCUCACCCUCCUCACCUCGGCUUCAGCGGCGACACACGCACUCACCCUGCCCGCCCCGCGGGCCAGACACAGCGAGCGAGCGGACGGAGCGCAUCUAUCCCCGACUGCACUCGGCAGAAUUUUUUUGUCUCUCCUCUCUCAGUUAUAACAACAACAAACCCAACAACAACAACAACUCGAAGUCACACCCCCCACGCCGCCGCGCUUCGCGUUUCUGAAAUCUUCCGACGACGCCACCAACCAACGACGUCGGCCACGAACGAGAGACGUCACGAGAGUCGGGAAGAGACACACGAGGAGCCCCGACAGGAGCCAUCCCCACGCCUCCCACGGUUGAGGAUACAAGUUCGCGUCAAGACUCCGUGCCAUGGGGACUCGCGUCGACUCUGCUCGCUCCACGCCCGCCGCCACAUCGCCCGUGGCUUAACGCGAAUAAAGAAAGAAGAGAAACUCCAACGACCCAUCGACCCCGACCACCGUCGCAAGGUCGCCGGCCUAUCUUCACCGUCACCAUAAGCGCCAUCAGCGUCAUCGUCCACGCCGCGGCACUGCCUGCCAUGGCGCAGUCCACCAAGGUGUACGACCUCUCGAAGCGCAAGAGCCAAUCGUCUCUGGACAAGCCCACGCUGCGGGAACACGACGCGCUGGGCUACGCCGAGAUGGCCUUCGACGCGCUCGGCUUCGGCAAGCAGCAGUACGCGUGCGCCGUGGAGGCGUUCGCGAGGGACGGCUUCCUAAUGAAGGCCCGCGGCGCGCACGCGGCCGCGCUCGCCGGCGGCGGCGGCAUGGCCGCGCUGCACGCGAGCGGCGCCUACCUGGGGCCCCACGCGCUCUUCCCGGGAGUGGGCAGCGGAGCGGCGGGCGGCUGCAUGAGCGACCACAUGGUCAUGGUGUCCAAGCCCAUCCCCAUGCUGCCCGUGCCCAUUGGACAGUCCUUCGUGCACAUGGUCCCCUACCUGUCGCGCGACGCGCUGCUCCCGGCCGCCGCGGCCGCGGCGGCCGCGGCGGCCGCCGCCGGCCACGGGUCCCUGCAGUCGGACAACGCCAGCAAAGCGGCGGCGGCGGCGCACGCCCUGCUCAGCUGCGGGCUGCCCAUGACCCCCGGCGACAUGCUGGGCCCCAAGGGCAUGCUGCUGCGCCUCGAGCUGCCCUCCAUGGUGCACGCGGCCGCCGCGGCCGCGGCCGCCGCCGCCUCGUCCAUGUCCUCGCCGGGAGUGGGCUCCUCGCCGUCCGUCUCGCUGCCCCCGCACGCGCACGCGCACACGCCGCGGCCCAAGCAGGGCUCGUCGGGGCAGCAGCAGCAGCAGCAGGCGGCGGCGGUGGGGGGCAUCCAGCAGCACCCUCCGCCCGCGGGGCUGCCCCAGGGCAGCGCCUUCCAGCUGGCGGGCAACGAGACUCUCACGGCCAUCGCCGAGGCCGGGCCCGGGGCCGCGGGGGUCGUGGGCGGCGCCGGGCUGGGCGGGCUGGGCCUCGUGGCCGGACCCGGCGAGGGGGCCUCGUGCGCCGUGAAGCGCGCGGCGGGGCCCGGACCGCACUCGUCGGCGGGCGGCUCCGCCUCCUCCGUGUCGGCCGCCAAGAAGAAGCGGAAGCGCUGCGGGAUCUGCCCGCCGUGCCUGCGGCGCCUCAACUGCGGCGAGUGCCGGAGCUGUAAGAACCGGCGCACGGGCCACCAGAUCUGUAAACUGCGCAAGUGCGAGGAGCUCAAGAAGAAGCCGACGGCGUUCGCGGAGGUGCGUGGUGGUGGUCCCCGCUGGUCCCCGCUCCCUGCUCCCAUCUCCGUGCUCCUCUAUCUAUCUCAGAGCGUGCUGUUCGAGCACUAAACAGCUGUGCCCCCCCAGCCCUCACCGCCACCCAAGGCCCCCCGAUCCCGGCACGGCGUCCGCGUCAUGGAACGUCAACAGAGAACCACCAUCGAGCGUCAUCGAGCGAGGGCCGACGCCUCUUGGGGGGAGGCAGGGGAGGGGAGGGAGGGGGGUGGAGACGUCGCCCCUUCUCCUCGGCAAACGACGACGCGAGACGUGAAUUCCAGCCUAGUAAGCACCCAGCAAACUCACCUCCCCGCACUCGAGACUGAUACUUUUUUUGUAUAAAAAAAACGAAAAGAAAACAAAAUAUACCGAGAAGAUUUAAAUAAAAGACUAAAGACACGAACACUUAUCGACGUGGGAGUUGUUGGUGGUGAUCAUGGCGAUGAAGACAAACAGAUGUUCACAUACAUCGUCAUCAUCAUCACACGGAGCCACGGGAGAGGCGAGCACAGCAAAGAAUACCAGUAACUAGAACACCAACAACACUACAACAACUACUACAACAACAACAACAACACCACCACCACGGCACCAGCAGCGGCAUCUCGACCGCGGGAGUUGUUUCAGCCGAACUCCGCCUUGCCCCCCUCCAGCGCUUAAAGCCGACCGACGUGUGCCGCCCUCGCCCCCACGCUGCCCAGUUUCGGGAGAGCAGUGGAAACCCCGCCUGCCCCCUGCUGUGGCCGCGUGCCUUUAAGAGCCCUCUAUCUUUGCCUGCUGCGGGAGGUGGGGGCGGCCGUGGUUGGAGGACGGGGGGAGAGGGGGGGAGGGCGUCCUCCUGUGUGACUCGACAACAAAGCGCCUUUGAAAAACAAAACGGCAGCCACGGCAUCGACCACCACCACAACCACCACCAACCAGCACGACUACUGCUGCAACUACUACUGCUGAAAGAGGACGAACUGAGCCCAAUUAAGGAGGCUCCGCCCGCGUGGACUCUGCAGCGAGGCGCGGGUGGCGGUGACGGCCACGAGACGCGGUGGCACGCGUGGGGCGAUUGGGGAGGAUCACUCGUACGCUGUAUAUAUGUGUGUACAGUCCGUGUACAUUCACUGUUUUAUAGUUGGAAGUCGACGGAGGCCGCCGGAACUGCGGCGAUGACGCAGGUUCUCGUGGGUACCAUUAGUGAGACGGGAUGGGGGGUGGGAUAAUGUGGGCAUGCAUUGUGUGUUUGUGGUCUCAGCACCGCAGCAUCAGCAUCGUCGUCGUGGUCACGCCGCCGCAGCAGCAGCACGCCACGCACAGCGUGGCGAUGAGCACGCGCACUGCGCCACCACUGUAGUUCCCGUGGCGAACCGCAUCGCACCACGCCGCACACCGCGUUGUGACGACGGCACUGUCACAACGCACGGGAUCGCAACACGACGCAGCACGCACACCGUGCGGUGAUAACCACGCAACACACAGCAGAGGCACGGCACGACACACAGCAGAGACACGACACGACACACAGCAGAGACACGGCACGACACACCGCAGAGACACGACACGACACACAGCAGAGACACGGCACGACAUACAGCAGAGACACGACACACAGCAGAGACACGACACACAGCAGAGACACGACACGACAUCGAAACUGCCCAGGCGCGGCGCGUCGCCCGCCCGAAACAGAGCACUUCAGAGGCACCUCGGAACCCGCCUCCCCCCCCCCUUCCCUAAGUGGGGGAGCAGGGGCGGCCCCCCCCCCCCUGAAUGUGGACGUGUCUCCAGCUGGAGCCACUCGGAUGGAGAAGACGAACGCCUCGAUGGCACAACGACCCUGAUGUUGUUCACGCGGUGGUGCAGGACGGGGGGGGGGGGGUCCCACCCCCCAUGCCCCCUCCCCCCCAUGCCCCCUCCCCAUCCCCGCACGCAGACACACGACGAGAACUCGCGGCCGAGCAUGGGUGAAGCACUUUGCAGCGCCGUGGACGGCAGAGGAAGGCCCGGGGGAAGGCCCCAACCGCCAGGGUUGGCCGCACGGUCUCAAAGCGAAGGACCUGCAACAGAAACGGCGAACGAUUGUUGUUUGUGUUCUUGUUGUUGUUGGGUGUCGGUUCUCCGUUAUUUUUUUCAAAAGCGCCAAUCCGAUUAGGCGAGUCACGUUGGAGAAGGAAGGCGCCGUUUAAAUCACAAACAACAACAAACAACAGCGACCAGGACAAACAACAACAACACGCUGAGCAAUAUGGAAACUUAUUAAGGAUGACUGAAGACAAUAACGACAGCUUCGUCAGGGUCAUCAAUCUCGAGAUGACGAUCAAUUUAUAAAUAAUGAUGAUUGCACGCGAAUCAGACGGGGAGAUCGCGCGCGUUGGAGACACGGCGGUCGGUGGCGGCGGAACGGUUCACGACGAGGGCCCCACUCGUCGCCGCUGUCCACGGUCUCCCUCCUCAUCCUCCUCUUCCCCCCUCUGAGGCCUGCGUCACGCGCGGAGGAAACUCACCACCACCACCACCGAGCCACGAGCCAGAAAUGAAUUCGGAUUAACCGGAGCCGAUACACAACGAGAAGACGCCGAGAGAGAGAGAGACAGAGACGAUGAGAAACAACAACAACAAAGACUCGAGGACAAAAAUAAAACACCCGAAAUUUACUCUGGACACUUUUUUUGUGGAGCCGAGCAUCGCGAACUCUGACGAGGGGAGGGGGGGUGUAGGGGGGUAAAGGGGGGGUAGUGCCGCCGCAGGUGACGUCACGGGGCACCUUGCCUGCGCGCGACUCGUGCAUGCUGUGUUUUGGACGUUCCCGCGCCGAGGACGCGGGGCCACUUACCGCCGGGCAUGCGAGGUAGUGGCGGGCGCGCGCGUGGCGACACCCAGAGAGCGCGCGCGCGCGGGGGGGGGGCGGGGGGGUGGGUUUUGGGGGGGGGGCAUCACAGUUGUAUCGCGAAUGAAUGUUAGCGUCAUGUAAACAGCCCUUGUCGCGUCUGCCGUCGUUAGUGCUGCGUUCAUUCUGGUCUCUCUACGUAAGCGGUACGGUAUAUUUUGUUAUAGACGAUAUACAGAAAAUUACAAAAAAAAAAUGGGAAGCAGAGAAAUACUUAUUGUAAUAUUAAUAAUGUUGAAGAUAAUUAAAAAAACGUCAUAUUUUUAAUUAUUUUUGUUCGUUCUUAUUUUGCAAGGAUUGCGUUUACAGUGGAAUAAUAAUAAAAAAAACUAUUAAAUAAAGAUAAUUUUCCUGUGCUAUAAAA